UGAAAAUCUUUGCUUGUUGUUUAUGAGCAAAGCAAAGAUUGUACAAAUAUAUUUUGUAUUCUCUAGUUUGAAUAAGGUUUUAUGGCUGGAUCAUGGGUAUGUAACGUUAGUUAUACAUUUCACUAACGUUAACUUGCGUGAAUAGGCAAAAUAUAUGAGAAACCUGGAUUAAACUAGUGCCACGAUUUGAAUAACGUUAGCUAGCAUGAUGUGUUGCAAAAGCGUUGCUUGCAGCAAAAACUAACUUGUAUAACUAUGCAUUCGUUUGGCUGAUGAAGCAGUAUGUGUUGACAGCCUAUAUUGAUUCUUUAAAACAGUUUGUAGAUGUAGGUAUGAAAAACCAGUAAAUCCAGCCUGUUGUAAACGACUAAACUCCACGAUAUACGAUGGAGUUGAGCGAUGACUAGUGUGGGCGCACUGGAGCGCCGACAUCACAUAAAAUGAACAAUGUUGUGUGUAAUUACGGGCUAUUCUUUGGGUGUUGAAAUCAGUAGUUUUUAAUAAAAACUGAAUUGUAUGUGAUUUCAGAGCUCUAGUCUGUCCACACUAGUCGCCAAUCAACUCCAUCGCAAAUCUUGGAGUUGAGUUUAAUCGGCUAGCCUGUUUGUAGUUGUGAGGUUAGCUAGUUAUGGCUACAAUUAACAUACUCAAUUAUUGGACCUAGGUUAUAGGCUGCCAAAAGAAAACAUGGCUGUCUAGUUUGUAAAAUUGGAUGUUGCCCAAAUACCAUGGCAGCCAAAACAUUAAAAGUGUGUGUGAAUGUAAGUUUGGUGUGCAAAAAUAUACUGAACAAAAAUAUAAAUGCAACAAUUAACGAUUUUACCGAGUUACAGUUCAUAUAAGGAAAUCAGUCAAUUGAAAUGUAUUCAGUAGGCCCUAAUCUAUGGAUUUCACAUGAUUGGGCAGGGGCACAGCCAUGGGUGGGCCUGGGAGGGCAUAGGCCCACCAGUUGGGAGCCAGGCCCAGCCAAUCAGAAUGAGUUUUUCCCCACUAAAGGGCUUUAUUACAGACAUAAAUACUCCUCAUGCCUGGUCUCAAACGAUCCCUCAGGUGAAGAAGUCGGAGGUCCUGGGCUGGCAUGGUUACACGUGUUCUGCAGUUGUGAGUCUGGUUGGACGUACUGCCGAAUUCUCUAAAACGACGUUGGAGGUGGCUUAUGGUAGAGAAAGGAACAUUCAAUUAGUUGGCAACAGCUCUGGUGGACAUUCCUGCAGUCAGCAUGCCAAUUGCAUGCUCCUUCAAAACUUGAGACAUCUGUCGCAUUGUGUCGUGUGACAAAACUGCACAUUUUUAGUGGCCUUUUAUUGUCCCCAGCACAAGGUGCACAUGUGUAAUGAUCAUGCUGUUUCAUCCGCUUCUUGAUAUGCCACACCUGUCAGAUGGCUGGAUUAUCUUGGCAAAGGAGAAAUGCUCACUAACAGGGAUGUAAACAAAUGUGUACCAACAUUUUAGAGAAAUAAGGUUUUUGUGUGUAUGGAAAAUGUCUGGGAUCUUUUAUUUCAGCUCAUGAAACGUGGGGCCAACACUUUACAUGUUGCGUUUAUAUUUUUGUUCAGUACAAAUAAGUAACUUGUGCAUUAACCCAUACAUGUUUUGAAAUGUAACUGAAUCCGACUCUCUUCACUGUGCCUUAAGGGACCAAGCAAAGCCUUCCUGCGACGAAGAAAGAAGAGGGCCAGCAGCAGACGCUGGGCUGUUAUAAGUAAAAGGCUUCAGCAAACACAAGAGCCCAUCAUCACACCUGUAACGACACAGUGAGUCAAUCUAUGGCUGUCAUCACUGCAACAUUUUAGUUCAUACAGUAGGGUGGUUGUUGACUGACAACCCUAUUAGUCUAGCCUACAGACAGUUGUCAUUCUAAUGUUGUCAGUGUUUCCCCUGUAUUCAAUUGUUGCCACUGCUGCAAAAAAUAUGAUGCAUGUUUAAAAAAUAUAUAUAUACAGUGGGGAGAACAAGUAUUUGAUACACUGCCGAUUUUGCAGGUUUUCCUACUUACAAAGCAUGUAGAGGUCUGUAAUUUUUAUCAUAGGUACACUUCAACUGUGAGAGACGGAAUCCAUAACAAAAAUCCAGAAAAUCACAUUGUAUGAUUUUUAAGUAAUUAAUUUGCAUUUUAUUGCAUGACAUAAGUAUUUAAUCACCUACCAACCAGUAAGAAUUCUGGCUCUCACAGACCUGUCAGUUUUUCUUUAAGAAGCCCUCCUGUUCUCCACUCAUUACCUGUAUUAACCGGCACCUGUUUGAACUCGUUACCUGUAUAAAAGACACCUGUCCACACACUCAAUCAAACAGACUCCAACCUCUCCACAAUGGCUAAGACCAGAGAGCUGUGUAAGGACAUCAGGGAUAAAAUUGUAGACCUGCACAAGGCUGGGAUGGGCUACAGGACAAUAGGCAAGCAGCUUGGUGAGAAGGCAACAACUGUUGGCGCAAUUAUUAGAAAAUGGAAGAAGUUCAAGAUGACGGUCAAUCACCCUCGGUCUGGGGCUCCAUGCAAGAUCUCACCUCGUGGGGCAUCAAUGAUCAUGAGGAAGGUGAGGGAUCAGCCCAGAACUACACGGCAGGACCUGGUAAUGACCUGAAGAGAGAUGGGACCACAGUCUCAAAGAAAACCAUUAGUAACACACUAUGCCGUCAUGGAUUAAAAUCCUGCAGCGCACGCAAGGUCCCCCUGCUCAAGCCAGCGCAUGUCCAGGCCCGUCUGAAGUUUGCCAAUGACCAUCUGGAUGAUCCAGAGGAGGAAUGGCAGAAGGUCAUGUGGUCUGAUGAGACAAAAAUAUAGCUUUUGGUCUAAACUCCAAUCGCCGUGUUUGGAGGAAGAAGACGGAUGAGUACAACCCCAAGAACACCAUCCCAACCGUGAAGCAUAGAGGUGGAAACAUCAUUCUUUGGGGAUGCUUUUCUGCAAAGGGGACAGGACGACUGCACCGUAUUGAGGGGAGGAUGGAUGGGGCCAUGUAUCGCGAGAUCUUGGCCAACAACCUCCUUCCCUCAGUAAGGGCAUUGAAGAUGGGUCGUGGCUGGGUCUUCCAGCAUGACAACGACCCGAAACACACAGCCAGGGCAACUAAGGAGUGGCUUCGUAAGAAGCAUCUCAAGGUCCUGGAGUGGCCUAGCCAGUCUCCAGACCUGAAACCCAAUGGAAAAUCUUUGGAGGGAGCUGAAAGUCCGAAUUGCCCAGCGACAGCCCCGAAACCUGAAGGAUCUGGAGAAGGUCUGUAUGGAGGAGUGGGCCAAAAUCCCAGCUGCAGUGUGUGCAAACCUGGUCAAGACCUACAAGAAAUGUAUGAUCUCUGUAAUUGCAAACAAAGGUUUCUGUACCAAAUAUUAAGUUCUGCUUUUCUGAUGUAUCAAAUACUUAUGUCAUGCAAUAAAAUGCAAAUGAAUUACUUAAAAAUCAUACAAUGUGAUUUUCUGGAUUUUUGUUUUAGAUUCCGUCUCUCACAGUUGAAGUGUACCUAUGAUACAAAUUACAGACAUGCUUCAGAGUUCAAGUAACAGACACAUCUCAACAUCAACUGUUCAGAGGAGACUGUGUGAAUCAGGCCUUCAUGUUCGAAUUGCUGCAAAGAAACCACUACUAAAGGACACCAAUAAGAAGAGACCUGCUUGGGCCAAGAAACACGAGCAAUGGACAUUAGACCGAUGGAAAUGUGUCCUUUGGUCCAAAAUUGAGAUUUUUGGUUUCAACCGCCAUGUCUUUGUGAGACGCGAUGUGGGUGAACAGAUGCUCUCUGCAUGUGUAGUUCCCACCGUAAAGCAUGGAGGAGGAGGUGUUAUGGUGUGGGGGUGCUUUGCUGGUGACAUUGUCUGUGAUUUAUUUAGAAUUCAAGGCACAUUUAACCAGCAUGGCUACCACAGCAUUCUGCAGCGAUACGCCAGUCCCACUAAGCCCUAAACUAGAUGGGAUAUCAUUUGUUUUUCAACAGGACAAUGACCCAACACACCUCCAGGCUGUGUAAGGGCUAUUUUACCAAGAAGGAGAGUGAUGGAGUGCUGCAUCAGAUGACCUGGCCUCCACAAUCCCCCGACCUCAACCAAAUUGAGAUGGUUUGGGGUGAGUCGGACCGCAGUGUGAAGGAAAAGCAGCCAACAAGUGCUCAGCAUAUGUGGGAAAUCCUUCAAGACAGUUGGAAAAGCAUUCCAGGUGAAGCUGGUUGAGAGAAUGCCAAGAGUGUGCAAAUCUGUCAUUUAGGCUAUUUGAAGAAUCUCAAAUAUAAAAUGUAUUUUCAUUUGUUUAACACUUUCUUGGUUACUACAUGAUUCCAUAUGUGUUAUUUCAUAGUUUCCAUGUUUUCACUAUUAUUCUACAAUGUAGAAAAUAGUUUUUUAAAAAACUUGAAUGAGUAGGUGUUCUAAAACUUUUGACCAGUAGUGUGUAUAUACACUACACUUUUGACUGGUAAUAUGUGUAUAUAUAUAUAUACACAAACACUACCAGUCAAAAAGUUUAGUGUAUAUGGUUUGGGAUGAGUUGGACUGCAGAGUGAUUGUGGAAGCCAGGUCAUCUGAUGCAGCACUCCAUCACUCUCCUUCUUGGUAAAAUAGCCCUUACACAGCCUGGAGGUGUGUUGGGUCAUUGUCCUGUUGAAAAACAAAUGAUAGUCCCACUAAGCGCAAACCAGAUGGGAUGGCAUAUCGCUGCAGAAUGCUGUGGUAGCCAUCCUGGUUAAGUGUGCCUUGAAUUCUAAAUAAAUCACAGACUGUGUCACCAGCAAAGCACCAUCACACCACCUCCUCCAUGCUUCACGGUGGGAACCACACAUGCGGAGAUCAUCCGUUCAGCUACUCUGCGUCUCACAAAGACAUGGCGGUUGGAACCAAAAAUCUCAAAGGACAGAUUUCCACCGGUCUAAUGUCCAUUGCUCGUGUUUCUUGGCCCAAGCAAGUCUCUUCUUCUUAUUGGUGUCCUUUAGUAGUGGUUUCUUUGCAGAAAUUCGACCAUGAAAGCCUGAUUUACGCAGUCUCCUCUGAACAGUUGAUGUUGAGAUGUGUCUGUUACUACUUUCUGAAGCUAGUAACUCUAAUGAACUUAUCCCCUGCAGCAGAGGUAUCUCUGGGUCUUCCUUUCCUGUGGCGGUCCUCAUGAGAGCCAGUUUCAUCAUACCGCUUGAUGGUUUUUGCGACUGCACUUGAAGAAACUUUCAAAGUUCUUGAAAUGUUCCAGAUUGACUGACCUUCAUGUCUUAAAAUAAUGAUGGACUGUCGUUUCUCUUUGCUUAUUUGAGCUGUUCUUGCCAUAAUAUGGACUUGGUCUUUUACCAAAUAGGGCUAUCUUCUGUAUACCACCCCUACCUUGUCACAACACAACUGAUUGGCUCAAACGCAUUAAGAAGGACAGUAAAUUCCACAAAUUAACUUUUAGCAAGGCACACCUGUUAAUUGAAUCACAUUCCAGGUGACUACCUCAUGAAGCUGGUUGAGAGAAUGCCAUGAGUAUGCAAAGCUGUCAUCAAGGCAAAGGGUGGCUAUUUGAAGAAUCUCAAAUAUAAAAUAUAUUUUGAUUUGUUUAACACUUUUUUGGUUACUACAUGAUUCCAUAUGUGUUAUUUCAUAGUUUUGAUGUGUUCACUAUUAUUCUACAAUGUAGAAAAUAGUAAAAAUAAAGAAACCCUGGAAUGAGUAGGUGUGUCCAAACUUUUGACUGGUACUAUAUACAGUUGAAGUCGGAAGUUUACAUACACUUAGGUUGGAGUCAUUAAAACUUGUUUUUCAACCACUCCACAAAUGUCUUUUUAACAAACUAUAGUUUUGGCAAGUCGGUUAGGACAUCUACUUUGUGCAUGACACAAGUAAUUUUUCCAACAAUUGUUUACAGACAGGUUAUUUCACUUAUAAUUCACUGUAUCACAAUUCCAGUGGGUCAGAAGUUUACAUACACUAAGUUGACUGUGCCUUUAAACAGCUUGGAAAAUUCUAGAAAAUGAUGUCAUGGCUUUAGAACCUCCUGAUAGGCUAAUUGACAUCAUUUGAGUCAAUUGGAGGUGUACCUGUGGAUGUAUUUCAAGGCCUACCUUCAAACUCAGUGCCUCUUUGCUUGACAUCAUGGGAAAAUCAAAAAUCAGUCAAGACCUCAGAAAAAAAUGUGUAGACCUCCGCAAGUCUGGUUCAUCCUUGGGAGCAAUUUCCAAACGCCUGAAGGUACCACGUUCAUCUGGACAAACAAUAGUACGCAAGUAUAAACACCAUGGGACCACGCAGCUGUCAUACCGCUCAGGAAGGAGACUCAUUCUGUCUCCUAGAGAUUAACGUACUUUGGUGCGAAAAGUGCAAAUCAAUCCCAGAACAGCAAAGGACCUUGUGAAGAUGCUGGAGGAAACAGGUACAAAAGUAUCUAUAUCCACAGUAAAACAAGUCCUAUAUCGACAUAACCUGAAAGGCCGCUCAGCAAGGAAAAAGCCACUGCUCCAAAACCGCCAUAAAAAAGACAGACUACGGUUUGCAACUGCACAUGGGGACAAAGAUCGUACUUUUUGGAGAAAUGUCCUCUGGUCUGAUGAAACAAAAAUAGAACUGUUUGACCAUAAUGACCAUCGUUAUGUUUGGAGGAAAAAGGGUGUCGCUUGCAAGCCAAAGAACACCAUCCCAACCGUGAAGCACGGUGGUGGCAGCAUCAUGCUGUGGGGAGGCUUUGCUGCAGGAGGGACUGGUGCACUUCACAAAAUAGAUGGCAUCAUGAAGGAAAAUUAUGUGGAUAUAUUGAAGUAACAUUUCAAGACAUCAGUCAGGAAGUUAAAGCUUGGUCGCAAAUGGGGUCUUCCAAAUGGACAAUGACCCCAAGCAUACUUCCAAAGUUGUGGCAAAAUGGCUUAAGGACAACAAAGUCAAGGUAUUGGAGUGGCCAUCACAAAGCCCUGACCUCAAUCCUAUAGAACAUUUGUGGGCAGAACUGAAAAAGCAUGUGCGAGCAAGGAGGCCUACAAACCUGACUCAGUUACACCAGCUCUGUCAGGAGGAAUGGGCCACAAUUCACCCAACUUAUUGUGGGAAGCUUGUGGAAGGCUACCCGAAACGUUUGACCCAAGUUAAGCAAUUUAAAGUCAAUGCUACCAAAUACUAAUUGAGUGUAUGUAAACUUCUGACCCACUGGGAAUGUGAUGAAAGAAAUAAAAGCUGAAAGAAAUCAUUCUCUCUACUAUUAUUCUGACAUUUCACAUUCUUAAAAUAUAGUGGUGAUCCUAACCGACCUAAGAAAGGGUAUUUUUACUAGGAUUAAAUGUCAGGAAUUGUGAAAAACUGAGCUUAAAUGUAUUUGGCUAAGGUGUAUGUAAACUUCCAACUUCAACUGUGUAUGUAUGUGUGUGUGUGUGUGUAUGUGUGUAUGUAUAUGUAUAUAUAUAUAUAUAUAUAUAUAUAUAUAUAUAAUAAAUGUAUUUCUGCAGACACGUGCUUUUAAAUAGAUAGUUGUUAACUCAAUGACUGGAAGUCUGUGGGAACAGCUAGAAUGUCAUUGUGCUAACACUAGUAGCAAUGUACCCCUGCUACCCCACCACUGCUGAAAAGAAAUCCUAGGGGUAACACUGGUUAUCUACAAUGUCAACAUGAAUCUAUGGAUGGCUGAAUGAUCAUGAACAAGAGGGUGGACAACCGUAUCAACUCAUAACAUUUAUCAUUCUGUGUGUAUUUUCUUUAGACUUGGAAAUUGUGACCCAAUCACCCAAACCAGUCCAGCCCAACUAGAAGACCCCCCUGUAAAGAAUGUGAAGAAAUUGGUUACUUUACUGGGUGCCAGAGUGUUGCUGCUGGCAUUUGCCAGGGUAUGCAAAGUGUGGAGGAACAGCAUGAGCCAGGUACGUUUCUACAGCAAGGCUAUGUUUCUAACAGGGCUGUUUUGGUUGAGGGAAAAUGUUAUGUUAGAUUUCAUUCCCAAACAUUUGCCUAUAUGAUUCGCUCUGUCAGUUACACUGACCUAAUUUCUACUUCCAUCUAUCUAUUGCAGUCAUUUGCUGGAUUUUUUAAAACAUUUUUCUUCUGGCGGGGGUAUGCCAAACAAAUAGAGACCCUCCAGAAUCAAAUGGCUGAGCUGCAGAGGGAGAUAGGUGCCUUGCAUUCUGCUCUUCAGGUGAGACACUAAGACACCAACAAUUACUCAUCUGAACGUACCUUAUGGUGUGUUCAUGAUGUGACAAAAAGCCACAUGCAGUACUACCUCACUAAAGCCUAUCUUGUUUCUGCAGGGUGGUAAGACUGGAUGCCACUGCCAUGGGACUGUGGCUGGUAGUUCAGUCUGUCCAAUGUUUCCUCCUCCCCCUCUUCCAUUAGGCUGUGGAUCCAAUGUGGACCCUCUCCCUGCUCUCAUACCACCAGCCCCACCUCCUCCACCACCACCCCCUCCUCCUCCAUCCACCACUUUCCUGCAACCCUACGUCCCUAAAAAAAGAGUGGCUUCCAAUACUCAACAGGUAAGAACUUACUAACUCAUCUUUCAUUCUUUUUUUAUUUGGUGGUCAUAGAUCGAUUUCUGUCCCGUGUGGUUCAGUUGGUAGAGCAUGUCGCUUGCAUCACCAUGGUUGUGGGUUCGAUUCCCACGGUGGACGAGUACGAAAAUGUACUGUAUGCACUCACUACCGUAAGUCGCUCUGGAUAAGAGCGUCUCCUAAAUUACUCAAAUGUCAAAUGUAUUCUCUCCUAUGAUCUGACCUCUCUGUCACUUAGAGCUCUAAGGAGAAGCAGGACAUACUGGUGGCCGUGACCCUCAGGGAUUUACAGGCUGUUAAACUGAGAAAGGUUAUUGUCCGCAGUGUGAAAUCAAAGGUAAGCAAGGCAUAUCCUUAGCAUACACAAAGUAAUUUCUGCUUCCACCUGUCCAAAAUGGAAGCUCCACAGGACACUCCCACAUAACAUGCAGUAAUGUGCCUGAAUCUUUCUUGCAUUUCCAGCAUAAACAUGUACAACAAGGCCAUUGUCUGAAAAAUGGGUCUGUCUUUUAUUUUAGAGGACUCCAGAGAAGAUACAUGCCCCUCUGGUCACUGUGGCAGACCUGCAGAAUGUCCGUCUGAAACGAUCCCACUGCGAACUGCCCCCUAAACUUCCCAAACGCCUUAGCUUUGGCAGGUAAACCUAUUCCGUAUUUCUUAAACGGCUGCCAUUGUUUUGUGACCAGGAGAUUAUCAGGGUUCUCCGUCAUGGUCCUGGGGAUCCACCACAUGUUGUGCAGGCUUUUCUUCCAGGCCAGUUCUGAUAAUAAUUGAAUCAUGUUUAUUAGGCCUGGAACAAAAGCCUGCACACCAGGAUUGAAGAACAGCUUUUCAAACAUAUUUGUUUUCUUGAUUGGAUUUAUGUUGUGGAUCAAAUGUUAUUUCCCACUCUAGAACACCGACCAAAAGCCCUAUGAAUCUGCGUACACAGCUGAAAAGGGUUCAAAUCAAUAGGUAAUGCAUUUCAACACUCAAGGAAGUCAAAGGACUAUCAUCAAGUGAGAGUUCAGUCUGACUAAGUGUUUCUCUCCACUCUUUAGGAGUCCUGGUGGUACUCCUCUCUUUGAUAAGGAGAAUAUGGACACGGGCACUGGCCUCACCCCCAUCAUGACUCAGGCCCUGCGACUCAAGUUCCAGGUAGAUCACUCUUUACAGAGCCCAUGUGGCUUAUGCAUGUAUAGUUUAAAAGUGUGUCCCCUUUGUCAUCACUUAUGUUGUUCUUUAUCCCCUCAGAGUGCCUUACCACGAGGACCGUCUCCAAAGGCAAAGAAUCUCAAUGAAAGCUUUGAUCAAAACUGAGACAUUUGUUGAUGUAUACACGGAUGUCGAUCGAGACGAGUUGAAAUGUAACGGAAAGGCAGCCGCCGUGAUAAAAAGUUCCAGUGUUGUAUGAGGACGGUUAUGCAAGCUAUGGAUGUAACUAUGGGCACAAUGCACAUUUUCUAGCACUUCCUGCUUUCCACUGCUGACUGGGUUUCUGCUUUCCAUUGCUGGAUGGGUUAUUUAAUGCUUUUUCCAUUGCUGAAUGGGUUACUAAGUGCUAGGUAGAUUGAGGAUGAAAAGAGGAAACACUUGUGUCUUGGACCACUAUUUUAAAACGGACAUAAAAGUUCUGAAAGCAAGCAGUUUCUGUGAAAGCCUUGACCGCCCCACUGUAUCAGACAUAGGAUUGGUCAAUCCCAACACUGCCUCAAAACUUAAUGCUUCUUGGAACAGUGACACCAAGGAGGAUGUUAAGUGAGCCAUACUGAAAUUUAAAAGGCAGUAGUUGAGAUACUCUGAACAUGUUGUGGAAACAGUCGAUGAUGAGUUACUUGGAAGGAGUGAGAAGCAUCACUUGUUUUGAAUGUGGUUUCAGUUUAGUAUUUUCUAUGAGGAAGUCAAGUUCAGCCGUUGUAAAGUAUCUGAGGGUCUAUGUUUGGAAAUUGCACAUUGACUGGGGAUCCUAGAUGUUUGUGAGCUAUGUCAUGUUUUGAUCUUUGUCACUUUUUCCUAAAAGCUUAUAUUGCAUGAUCUUUUGAUUUUCUA